GAGCAGGGAGAUCUGCCUCUGAGGUUUUGGGAGCACUUCAAAAUCCCAAUAUCUCUCAGAGCAGCAGAGUCAGACUGCUAACCAGCAUAGAUUUGGGACUUCAGUUCUCAGGAGUUUCUAGCGCCUGGGCCCUGGGUACCUUUGGUCUUUAUCGUGGAUUUUGGAAAGGUCCAGAGCAUCCAAGGAUCUAAGGCUCAUCAGAGUUCUUUAAGCCAGGAUGGACAGUCAAGGUGUGACGCAAAAUGGCCACACAGAAGUCCAUGGACCUGUGGCUGGCAUAUUUCUGGAGAACACGAAGGAGAAGAUAACCAUAUAUCAAGCCAUGAAAAAACGUCUGCUUAAGCCAGGAACAGCAUUAGCCCUGCUUGAAGCACAAGCUGCUACAGUGGGCAUCGUAGAUCCGAUAAACAACAGAAUACUUCCUGUUGAAGAUGCUGUUAAAGAGGGAAUAAUUGGACCAGAGAUGAAAGACAAACUCCUCACAGCAGAGAAAGCCAUCAGUGGCUAUGUUGACCCCUACACCAACCAAAUAAUAUCUGUAUUCCAAGCUAUGCAAAAAGAUUUAGUCCCAAGAGAUUACGGAUUGAGGCUGCUGGAAGCACAGAUAUACACAAAAGGACUGUUUGAUCCCACUGAGAAGACAAACAUUUCAUCUGAAUCAGCCAUUCAAAAGGGCUACUAUGAGAAAGAUUUGCUCAAUGACCAGAUGUCAGAGCUCAAAGUGUUCUACAAUCCAAGUUCACAAGAAAAUCUUAAUUACCAAAGCCUCCUUGAGAAAUGCACCGUGGAGCCUGGCACAGGUCUGUUGCUCCUUCCUGUCUGCAUCACCUUCAAAGGUCUGCGAAAAGGCAUUUCCUCCGCUGAACUCUUUGAGUCAAAGAUCAUUGGCAAAGAAAUAUUGGAUGACCUACAUAAGGGGAAGACCACAACACAGGAUGUGAUGUUGAUGGAAACAGUGAAAGAAUACCUGGAAGGCAAAGGCAGUAUUGCAGGCAUUGUUGUACUCUCAUCCAAUCAGAGGAUGAGCAUUUAUCAAGCCAUGAAAUCAGGCAUUCUGAUGCCUGGAACAGCACUAGUUCUACUGGAGGCACAAGCUGCAACUGGAUUCAUGAUUGAUCCUGUAGAAAAUAAAAAACUCACUGUGGAUGAAGCCAUCAAGAACAAACUUGUUGGCCCAGAAUAUCAUGCAAAGCUGCAAUCUGCUGAAAGAGCAGUAACUGGAUACAAAGACCCAUACACAGGCAAAACUAUAUCCCUGUUUCAAGCACUGUCAAAAGACCUCAUCGUUAAGGAGCAUGGGAUCCGCCUACUUGAGGCGCAAAUUGCUACGGGUGGAAUAAUAGACCCAAUCAACAGUCACAGACUUCCCACAGAAGUGGCCUUCAAGAGAGGCUAUUUCAAUGAAGAAAUGAAUGCCAUACUAGAGGAUCCAGGGGAUGACACAAGAGGGUUUUUUGACCCAAACACAGAAGAUAAUCUUACUUAUCUCGAGCUGAUGGAAAGGUGUGUCACUGAUCCUAUCACUGGACUGUGCCUCCUCCCACUCCAUGGCAAGUCAGAUAAGCCAAAUUUCAGCUUCAUUGACUACCAAACUAAAAUGGCCUUCAAAGAGGAGAAGGUGAACGUGACAUGUGGGAAGUACACGGGAAUGACUGUAUCUCUGUGGGAACUGCUGAUGUCUGAAUACUUUGAUGAACAUCAGAGGCAAGACAUCAGUCAGAAGUAUAGAGAGGGGAAGCUUAGUAUUAAGGUGAUCAUUACAACAGUACUGGAAGUCAUUGAGAAGUCUGUGAAAACAACUAAAGUUGUCUUUGAAGGUAUCAGAGAUACUGUCACACCCAAACAGCUUUUGGAGGCCGAUAUCAUAAGUGAAGAGGUCCUGGAGGAUCUGGAAAAGGGAAAAAAGUCAGUGAAAGAUGUGAUGGAAGACGAAAGUGUAAAUGUCUACCUACAGGGGAAAGACAGUAUUGCAGGUAUUUUGCUUCCAGAUUCUCAAAUCAUGACCAUCUACCAGGCCAGUCAGAAAAGAAAGCUGAUGCCUGGAACUGCUCUGAUUCUGCUGGAGGCACAGGCAGCAACAGGGUUCAUUAUUGACCCGAUUGGAAACAGAAAGUUUUCAGUGGAUGAUGCUGUCAAAGCAAAGAUCGUGGGGCCUGAUAUCUGUCAAAAGCUGCGCUCUGCAGAGAAAGCUGUCACUGGGUACAUAGAUCCAUAUGAUGGCAAAAUAAUCUCUUUGUUCCAAGCAAUGCAAAGAGACCUCAUCCUAAAAGACCAUGGAAUUCGGCUCCUUGAGGCACAAAUUGCCACUGGUGGGAUCAUUGACCCAGUGAACAGCCAUCGGAUUCCUGUCCAUGUGGCCUACAAGAGAGGAUAUUUCAAUGAGGACAUGAACCAGAUCCUGAGUGAUCCAAGUGAUGACACCAAAGGAUUUUUUGACCCCAACACCCACGAGAACCUGACAUACUUGCAGCUCAUGGCCAGAUGUGUCACAGAUCCCAGUACAGGCCUGUGUCUUUUGCCACUCAAAGAGAACAGUCACAACAUUAAGAUAGAUGACAAUCUUCAAGAAGCAUUCAAAACGACAGUUACUGUUAAGUAUGGCAGGUUCAAGGGCAAGCACACUACUCUGUGGGAGCUCAUCAAUUCAGAGUAUCUGACAGGGGAAAAACGACAGGAGUUUUUCAAGCUCUUCAAAUCAAGGAAAAUCACAAUUGAGCAACUCAUCAUCACCAUUUUGGAGAUCAUUGAGAACAAGGAGAUAAAACAGCAAGCAGAAUUAAACUUUGAAAGUCUCAGAGGAGAGGUCUCUGUUGUGGAUCUUCGGGAGCUUGAAAUUGUGGAUGAAGGGACAUACAAAAGUUUGAUCAAUGGACAGCUGACAAGCACUGAUGUGAUGAAAAUGGACAGUGUGAGAGAAUACCUACAAGGAAAAAGUUGUGUAGCUGGGGUGAUAUUGCAACCCUCCAAUCAGAAGCUGAGCAUCUAUGAGGCACAGAGACUUGGUAUUCUCACACCUGGCACUGCCCUUUGCCUCCUUGAAGCACAAGCAGCCACAGGUUUCAUUGUUGAACCUGUGAAAAACAAAAAACUUACAGUGGAACAAGCUCUCAGAGAAAAGAUAAUUGGUCCACAGAUGUAUGAAAAGCUUUUGUCUGCAGAGAGGGCUGUCACUGGUUACACAGAUCCAUACACUGGUCAAAAGAUCUCACUUUUCCAAGCCUUGAAGAAGGACCUGGUUGUCAAGCAGCAUGGCAUCCGUUUACUUGAGGCCCAGAUUGCUACAGGUGGUGUCAUUGAUCCUUUGAAGCAUCUUCACCUACCCCUUGAGGUUGCAUACAGGAAAGGAUAUUUUGAUGCAGAACUUAAUCAAAUCCUGCAAGACCCAACUGAUGACACAAAGGGCUUUUUUGACCCAAAGACACAAGACAAUCUGACAUACUUGGAGAUGUUGGGCAGAUGUGUAAAAGAUAAGGAAACAGGACUGUUUCUCCUGACACUGAAUGACACACCAAGAGCUACAGAAGCCAAGGCAAAAAUGUAUACUGACACAGAAAUAAGGGAAGAGUUUGAAAAGACAGCUGUGAGCAUUUCAGUAGGACGCUACUCAGGAAAAUCAGUUUCACUAUGGGACCUGGUUCACUCUGGGUACUUCACUGAGGAACAGCGGCUUGAAUUAAUUGAAAAAUACAGAGCAAAGAAGAUUAUCACAGAAACCAUAAUCACACAAGUGAUUUCCACCAUCGAAAAGCUGGAGAGAACUAAAACUCCCAAAGAGACAAUGGGCCUCAGAAAGCCUGUGUCUGCACAGCAACUUCUGGAUUCUGACAUCAUUGAUGCAGACACAUUCAAACAGCUGAAAGAAGAAAAACUCACUUUUGAGACAGUAACCCAACGUGAAUCUGUGGCAGGAUACUUGAAAGGAACUGGAAGCAUUGCUGGAAUUAAGGUUCAUCCCUCCCAGAAAGUUAUGAGCAUAUAUGAAGCAAAAAAGGAGGAUCUAUUGACACCUGGAAUUGCACUUCUACUGCUUGAAGCACAGGCCGCAACAGGAUGGGUGAUUGAUCCUCUAAAAAACAAGUUAUAUACUGUUGAUGAGGCAGCAAGAGAGAAAGUAAUUGGACCAGAUGUACAUGAAAACCUUAUCUCAGCAGAACGAGCUGUCAUUGGCUAUAAAGAUCCAUUUACAGAUGCAACAAUAUCACUGUUUGAAGCCAUGAAUGCACAGCUGAUCCAAUGCAGUGAUGGCUUUCGUCUUCUCGAGGCACAAAUAGCAACUGGAGGAAUCAUUGACCCAAAUGAAAGUCACAGGCUACCUGUCCAUGUUGCAAUUAAAAAAGGAUAUCUCAAUGAAGAAAUGAGCAAAACUCUGUUGAACCCAACUAAUGAUGCAAAGGGAUUCUUCCACCCAAAAACCAAAGAAAACCUCUCCUACCUUCAGCUGAUAAAGCAAUGUGAGACAGAUCCUGAAACCGGACUACUUCUUCUACCCCUGUAUGUAGAGGAAUGCCACGCAUUUCACACAGAUGAACAAAUAGAGCAUGCAUUCAAAAACAAAACAGUUGCCAUAAAUGCAGGAAAAUUUAAAAACAAGAAGGUGGCAUUGUGGGAAGUGCUGCUCUCUGAAUACAUCUCAGAACAAAAGAGGACACAGCUUCUCCAACAAUACAAGACAGGAGCCAUGAAAAUAGAGGAGAUCAUUGAAAUACUCACAGUUAUCAUUACAGAGGUAUCAUCGAAAGAAAAGAAGUUCAAAGGACUAAGAAAGCAGGUCUCAGCCAGUGAGCUGUAUGAGUCAAAGAUAAUCUCAAAGGAGCUUUUUUCAAAGAUUAUAGAUGGAGAAGUAACUGAAGAAAAGGUUAACAAUAUGGAAUCAAUUCAAAAGUACCUUGGAGCUACAAACUGUAUAGCAGGUGUCAGAGUUGAAUCGACAAAGAAAGUUAUGAGCAUCUAUGAAGCAAAAACCAAAGGUCUGCUGACCCCUGGUACUUCUCUUGUACUGCUGGAGGCCCAAGCUGCCACUGGUUUCGUCAUCGACCCAGUGAACAACAAGAAACUGUCAGUAGAGGAAGCUGUGGCUCAAGGGGUGGUUGGGAGUGAGUGGAAAAACAAACUGCUUUCAGCAGAAAGGGCUGUUACAGGAUACAAGGAUCCCUACACAGAAGACACAAUUUCUUUAUUCCAGGCCUUGAAAAAGGACCUUAUUGUCAAGGAUCAUGGAAUUCGUCUCCUUGAAGCACAAAUUGCCACAGGAGGCAUAAUUGAUCCAGUCUACAGCCAUCGAGUGCCUGUACAAGUGGCAUACCAAAGAGGAUACUUUGAUGAAGAAAUGAACCAGAUUUUGUCUGAUCCUGAUGAUGACACCAAGGGUUUCUUUGAUCCUAACACUCAAGAGAACCUCACCUAUCUCCAGCUGGUGGAGAGAUGUGUCACAGACCCAAUUACAGGCCUUAGCUUACUGUCCAUUGUGAGGAAAGGGGAGUUUUAUUUCUUUGUUGAUGAGACUACAAAAUGCAUUCUGAAAUCUACAACAACAACCAAAGCAGGAGGCAAAUACCAAGGAACAACAGUGUCUCUGUGGGAUCUGCUCUACUCCAAAUACAUCACUGAGGAGAAGAGGAGAGAGCUUGUGCAACAGUACAAGUCUGGAUCAAUCACAAUUGAACGCUUCUUAGAGAUUAUCCUGACAAUCAUUCAGCAGCAGACUACAACAACCUCAUCAUCAUCAGUCAUCACCACUACUACAAUCACAGAGACAAGUCAAGUUCAAACAUUUCAAGGAAUCAGGAAGGAUGUCACUGCUACGGAGCUGCUUGAUUCAAAAAUCAUCAAUGAGGACCUCUACAAAAAUCUCAGCUCUGGAAAAGUCACAGUGACAGAGGUGAGUGAAAUGGACUCAGUGCGUAAGUACCUCGAGGGGACCAACUGCAUUGCAGGAGUGUACUUGCAGUCCACCGAGGAGACCCUGAGUAUCUAUGAAGCCAAAGGAAAAGGCCUGCUGACUCCUGGUACUUCUCUGGUUCUGCUGGAGGCCCAAGCUGCCACUGGUUUUGUCAUUGACCCAGUGAACAACAAGAAACUGUCAGUAGAGGAAGCUGCGGCUCAAGGAGUAGUUGGCAGUGAGUGGAAAAAUAAGCUGCUUUCAGCAGAAAGGGCUGUUACAGGAUACAAAGAUCCCUACACUGGAAACACAAUUUCUUUGUUCCAAGCUCUGAAAAAAGAUCUCAUUGUCAAGGAUCAUGGAAUUCGUCUCCUUGAAGCACAAAUUGCCACAGGAGGCAUAAUUGAUCCAGUUCACAGUCAUCGUGUGCCUGUACAAGUGGCAUAUGAAAGAGGUUACUUUGAUGAAGAAAUGAACCAGAUUUUGUCUGAUCCUGAUGAUGACACCAAGGGUUUCUUUGAUCCCAACACUCAAGAGAACCUCACCUAUCUCCAGCUGGUUGAAAGGUGCAUCACAGAUCCCAUCACAGGCCUUAGCUUACUGGUCAUUGUGAAGAAAGGCGAGUUCUAUUUCUUUGUUGAUGAGGCUACAAAGCGCAUUCUGAAAUCUACAACAACAACCAAAGCAGGAGGGAAAUACCAAGGAACAACAGUGUCUCUGUGGGAUCUGCUCUACUCCAAAUACAUCACUGAGGAGAAGAGGAGAGAGCUUGUGCAACAGUACAAGUCUGGAUCAAUCACAAUUGAACGCUUCUUAGAGAUUAUCCUCACAAUCAUUAAGCAACAGACUACAACAACCUCAUCAUCAUCAUCAUCAUCAGUCGUCACCACUACUACAAUCAAAGAGACAAGUCAAGUUCAGAAGUUUCAAGGAAUCAGGAAGGAUGUCACUGCUACGGAGCUGCUUGAAUCGAAAAUCAUCAAUGAGGACCUCUACAAAAAUCUUAGCUCUGGACAAGUCUCAGUGACAGAGGUGAGUGAAAUGGACUCAGUGCGUAAGUACCUCGAGGGGACCAACUGCAUUGCAGGAGUGUACCUACAGUCCACCAAGCAGACCCUGAGUAUCUAUGAAGCCAAAGGAAAAGCCCUGCUGACUCCUGGUACUUCUCUGGUUCUGCUGGAGGCCCAAGCUGCCACUGGUUUUGUCAUUGACCCAGUGAAAAAUAAGAAACUGUCAGUAGAGGAAGCUGCAGCUCAAGGAGUAAUUGGUAGUGAGUGGAAAAAUAAGCUGCUUUCAGCAGAAAGGGCUGUUACAGGAUACAAAGAUCCCUACACUGGAAACACAAUUUCUUUGUUCCAAGCUCUGAAAAAAGAUCUCAUUGUCAAGGAUCAUGGAAUUCGUCUCCUUGAAGCACAAAUUGCCACAGGAGGCAUAAUUGAUCCAGUUCACAGUCAUCGUGUGCCUGUACAAGUGGCAUAUGAAAGAGGUUACUUUGAUGAAGAAAUGAACCAGAUUUUGUCUGAUCCUGAUGAUGACACCAAGGGUUUCUUUGAUCCCAACACUCAAGAGAACCUCACCUAUCUGCAGCUGGUUGAAAGGUGCAUCACAGAUCCCAUCACAGGCCUUAGCUUACUGGUCAUUGUGAAGAAAGGGGAGUUCUAUUUCUUUGUUGAUGAGGCUACAAAAUGCAUUCUGAAAUCUACAACAACAACCAAAGCAGGAGGCAAAUACCAAGGAACAACAGUGUCUCUGUGGGAUCUGCUCUACUCCAAAUACAUCACUGAGGAGAAGAGGAGAGAGCUUGUGCAACAGUACAAGUCUGGAUCGAUCACAAUUGAACGCUUCUUAGAGAUUAUCCUGACAAUCACUCAGCAGCAGACUACAACAGCCUCAACAUCAUCAGUCGUCACCACUACUACAAUCACAGAGACAAGUCAAGUUCAAACAUUUCAAGGAAUCAGGAAGGAUGUCACUGCUACGGAGCUGCUUGAUUCAAAAAUCAUCAAUGAGGACCUCUACAAAAAUCUCAGCUCUGGAAAAGUCACAGUGACAGAGGUGAGUGAAAUGGACUCAGUGCGUAAGUACCUCGAGGGGACCAACUGCAUUGCAGGAGUGUACUUGCAGUCCACUGAGGAGACCCUGAGUAUCUAUGAAGCCAAAGGAAAAGGCCUGCUGACUCCUGGUACUUCUCUGGUUCUGCUGGAGGCCCAAGCUGCCACUGGAUUUGUCAUUGACCCAGUGAACAACGAGAAACUGUCAGUAGAGGAAGCUGCGGCUCAAGGAGUAGUUGGCAGUGAGUGGAAAAACAAGCUGCUUUCAGCAGAAAGGGCUGUUACAGGAUACAAAGAUCCCUACACUGGAAACACAAUUUCUUUGUUCCAAGCCCUGAAAAAAGAUCUCAUUGUCAAGGAUCAUGGAAUUCGUCUCCUUGAAGCACAAAUUGCCACAGGAGGCAUAAUUGAUCCAGUUCACAGUCAUCGCGUGCCUGUACAAGUGGCAUAUGAAAGAGGUUACUUUGAUGAAGAAAUGAACCAGAUUUUGUCUGAUCCUGAUGAUGACACCAAGGGUUUCUUUGAUCCCAACACUCAAGAGAACCUCACCUAUCUCCAGCUGGUCGAAAGGUGCAUCACAGAUCCCAUCACAGGCCUUAGCUUACUGGUCAUUGUGAAGAAAGGCGAGUUCUAUUUCUUUGUUGAUGAGGCUACAAAAUGCAUUCUGAAAUCUACAACAACAACCAAAGCAGGAGGGAAAUACCAAGGAACAACAGUGUCUCUGUGGGAUCUGCUCUACUCCAAAUACAUCACUGAGGAGAAGAGGAGAGAGCUUGUGCAACAGUACAAGUCUGGAUCAAUCACAAUUGAACGCCUCUUAGAGAUUAUCCUGAUAAUCAUUCAGCAUCAGACUACAACAACCUCAUCAUCAUCAGUCAUCACCACUACUACAAUCACAGAGACUAGAGAACUUCAGACAUUUCAAGGAAUCAGGAAGGAUGUCACUGCUACAGAGCUGCUUGAAUCGAAAAUCAUCAGUGAAGACCUCUACAAGAAUCUCAGCUCUGGACAAGUCACAGUGACAGAGGUGAGUGAAAUGGACUCAGUGCGUAAGUACCUUGAGGGGACCAACUGCAUUGCAGGAGUGUACCUGCAGUCUACCAAAAAGACCCUGAGUAUCUAUGAAGCCAAAGGAAAAGGCCUGCUGACUCCUGGUACUUCUCUGGUUCUGCUGGAGGCCCAAGCUGCCACUGGUUUUGUCAUUGACCCAGUGAACAACAAGAAACUGUCAGUAGAGGAAGCUGCGGCUCAAGGAGUAGUUGGCAAAGAGUGGAAAAAUAAGCUGCUUUCAGCAGAAAGGGCUGUUACAGGAUAUAAAGAUCCCUACACUGGAAACACAAUUUCUUUGUUCCAAGCUCUGAAAAAAGAUCUCAUUGUCAAGGAUCAUGGAAUUCGUCUCCUUGAAGCACAAAUUGCCACAGGAGGCAUAAUUGAUCCAGUUCACAGUCAUCGUGUGCCUGUACAAGUGGCAUAUGAAAGAGGUUACUUUGAUGAAGAAAUGAACCAGAUUUUGUCUGAUCCUGAUGAUGACACCAAGGGUUUCUUUGAUCCCAACACUCAAGAGAACCUCACCUAUCUCCAGCUGGUCGAAAGGUGCAUCACAGAUCCCAUCACAGGCCUUAGCUUACUCCCCUUGCGCAAAUAAAGGAAAGGAAACUUUCAACAACCAUUUAUACUUAUGUUUUGUUUGCAUUAUCAUUUUCUUUUUACUCAAUAUCGUUGUGCUAUUUUUUUUCAUACAAAACAAUUUCACUGCAUGUUUUUUACAACAAGAAAUAGAGUAUAGAACACUUUUUAUAUAAUUAUAAGAGGGGACAUUUUGGUUAAUAUCACUGUGAGCACUACAGACCUUUUGAGCCAGCAUGCACAAGACCAGAGCCAGGUCACUGAUACAUCAAAUUGGACUUCAGUAACUAUUAAAUCCCUAAAAUGAAUCUAACCUGGUAAAACUGAGAAUGCACUGGCUGAAAACCUUUCAUAAACUGCAGAAAGAAGAUUCUAACCAUAAAACAUAAAAAUUCUACACAUUGGACGGUUGAUGCUAUCAGUUAUACCUGUGUUUGAUACACCAGAUGUCUGCUUGUGCUUACAAGGCUGUUACAUUUUACUGGUUAACAUUGAAAAGUGUAGUCUACAUCUGUGGUCUUGGUCUUUUAAUGGUUUUCAAUCUCUGUUUUUACCUAAUGAUUUGAUUUUCUUUGACAACAUACAUUUUGGAUUCAUGACGUGUUUCCCUGGUUUAAUGUUGUUUCAUGUUAUUUGUGGGAUCAGUGGUUUGGAGUGUUUCUGUACUGAUGUGACUAGAUCCAUUCAGCAGAGCCUACUUUUACCUCACGCAGCUGAAUUUAGUUGUUUACAGAAUUUGGGUAAAGCUUUUCUUACUGAAAUAUGAUACCUAAGUAACUGAAAUGUGAAUACAGUGAAUAUAGCUUUGCUGGACCUGCUCUGACUUCACCUGGGAGCUAAGCAUGCAUUUAAUGGUUUUAAGUAUUUUUGGAAAAUCUUUCUUGCUAAAACUACUUAAUUGUGGGGCCCAAUAAAUAAAUGAGAUAUGAACACUA